CUGGAGCCAUACAUGGACGAGAACUUCGUUUCAAGAGCCUUUGCCACCAUGGGAGAACUUGUUCUGAGUGUAAAAAUCAUCCGAAAUAGAUUGACAGGAAUUCCAGCAGGCUACUGCUUUGUAGAAUUUGCAGAUCUGGCUACUGCAGAGAAGUGUUUACACAAAAUCAAUGGAAAACCGCUUCCUGGUGCCACACCAUCAAAGCGAUUUAAACUGAACUACGCAACGUAUGGAAAACAGCCCGACAACAGUCCAGAAUACUCACUCUUUGUGGGAGAUCUGACCCCCGAUGUGGACGAUGGCAUGUUAUAUGAGUUUUUUGUUAAAGUUUAUCCGUCAUGUAGAGGUGGCAAAGUUGUUUUGGACCAGACUGGAGUUUCCAAAGGUUAUGGGUUUGUGAAAUUCACGGACGAGCUGGAACAGAAAAGAGCCCUGACAGAGUGCCAAGGGGCUGUGGGAUUGGGCUCUAAACCCGUACGCUUGAGUGUGGCCAUACCAAAAGCUAACCGUGUGAAGACGGUGGAGUACAAUCAGAUGUACAACUAUAAUUAUAACCAGUAUUACCAACACUAUCAGAACUACUAUGCCCAGUGGGGAUAUGACCAGAACACAGGCAGUUAUAGCUACAGCUAUCCCCAAUAUGGAUACACACAGAGCACCAUGCAGACAUAUGAAGAAGUCGGCGAGGAUGCAUUAGAAGAUCCAAUGCCUCAGAUGGACGUGACAGAAGCAAACAAACAGUUUAUGGAACAGAGUGAAGAACUCUAUGAUGCCUUGAUGGACUGUCACUGGCAGCCUUUGGACACUGUCUCUUCAGAGAUUCCAGCCAUGUUAUAGCCUCAUUGCUGAGGCAUUGUCUCUACACGACAAGCCAGCAGGCACCAGACUCCUACGCUGCACCUGGAACCUGCAGUAGUGAAGGGAUGGCCCCUCUUCCACCCAGGUCUCUGACUCAAAGUACAGGGGGACUGUGGCAUUUCCUGUACACAAUGAGUAUUGGAGGAGCAUCGUGGUAGCUUUUAUUCAUGGUGAAAAUUAGAACGGCAACAGUUUUAUUCCUUUGGUCUCGAAAUGAACUCUUAAUACUUCUUGGGGAAUUGUAAUUUAUAAACUUUAAACAAGAUGGCACAGGGGGAAGACUCUUCUCCAAUGUACAAUAAAAAAAAAAUUGGUCUUUUAAGUAAAAUUA